AUGGAAAGUGCUCAUAAAGAAGAUAAAAAAGUAGAAACUAUCAAAAAGAGUCUAGCAACUGCUAUACAGAACAGUCCUUUGGGAUACCAUGUAGACCACGGGGUUAUGGAAAAGUUCUACCAAUCCUACCAAGCCAGCAACAAGUUCAAUUUGGAAAACUCACUAUUGUGCGCUAGCAACUUUGAUGUAGAUCGUGCCCUCACUUUGAAAGAACCCGUAGAUCCAGCUGUUCUUGUUGGUGUUCCAUAUAGUGUCACUACCAAUCUUGUCAUGUACAUGGACAGUGUGUGGUUGGACCAUUUGGAAGUUCAAGUCAAACCAAUUGCCGUCUUUUCAAAGUACAUUGAUACCAUUGAAUCCACCGGUGGAUCUUACAAUCUCAUCAAGAAAAAAGGAUUUGAGAGAAAGGAAGCAAGUCAAAGAACCCUUGCCUCUUAUUUCCCAGGUUUAAAGGCUUGCGAUGAAACAUUGGAUGUAACAUCUAAAUAUUCCUAUUCUCAGACCACUUUGGUUCAUCCUUCUACAACUGUUCCUCAUACAGUUCAAUUGGCUGCCGGUUCCUAUGUCACCUACCAAUCAGCAAUUCUCUAUGCUUGUCGUAUAACAUUUACUGAUGAGAGCGAAGACCCAGAAGAUUGGAUCAAAUAUGCAGAGGACUACUUUAAGAGACCUGAAAAUGAGGGUCUUAGAUACAAGAUUGGUCCCAACAGAAGUAUUUAUAUUCUAUUUACGGUAUACAGGGAUCAGAUGAUUGUCAAACCAUACAAUGAUGAUCUGUAUUCCCCAGUUCCAUUUGAUGAACUAGUAGAGUAUUGCUUUAAUAGAGGCUUUACAAGAUGGGCCAAUACCAAAUAA